GUAAUUUCUCCUUGCGGAUAUUUGGACCAAAAAAAAAGAAAAAGAAAAAGAAAUGAAAUCGCACAGUGAGUAGCCAGUCUUCCCAACUCCAUUCUCAAGAUAGGACGGGGAGGUGAAGAAUUCAAUGAUCAAAACAAUGAGCUCUGUAGGAGUUGUGAAGUAUGGAAUUGUAGGAGUAGGAAUGAUGGGAAGAGAGCAUCUCAUAAAUCUUGGUCAUCUCCAACAACAAGAAGAAGCCAUAUCUGUUGUCUGUAUUGCUGAUCCUCACACCCCUAGUCAACAACUUGCCUUGCAAAUAGCAAAUUCUCAAUUCAACUGGUUUCCACAGGUUUUUUCGGGACACGAAGAAUUACUAGACAGUGGACUUUGUGAUGUUGUGAUUGUGUCUACACCAAACAUGACUCAUUUUCAAAUUCUUAUGGAUAUUAUUAAACAUCCUAAACCACAUCACAUACUUGUUGAGAAGCCAUUAUGUACUAAUGUUGCUGAUUGCAAAAUGGUGAUCGAGGCGGCUAGAAAGAGGCCAGAUUUGUUGGUACAAGUUGGAUUAGAGUACAGGUAUAUGCCUCCUGUAGCUAAGUUGAUAGAUGUAGUGCAAAGUGGAGCAAUUGGACAAGUCAAAAUGGUGUCUAUUCGGGAACAUCGGUUUCCUUUUCUGGUUAAGGUGAACGACUGGAAUCGAUUCAAUGAAAAUACUGGGGGGACUCUAGUUGAGAAGUGCUGUCACUUUUUUGAUCUGAUGACGUUGUUUGUUGGUGCAACGCCAGUACGUGUCAUGGCUUCUGGAGCUAUAGAUGUCAAUCACAAAGAUGAAAUUUAUGACGGAAAGGUCCCCGACAUUAUCGAUAAUGCAUAUGUCAUUGUUGAAUUUGACAAUGGUUCUCGAGGCAUGCUAGACCUUUGUAUGUUUGCUGAAGGGAGUAAGAAUGAGCAAGAGAUAUCUGUUGUUGGUGACAUUGGUAAGGGUGAAGCCUUCGUUCCAGAGAGUAUCGUUCGUGUGGGUACACGAACAAAGGGGAGAGAGGGAGUGGAAACUAUGAAAGCCGGGGAUAAGCGGAUACAGUAUGACGGACUCCAUCACGGAUCAAGCUAUUUGGAACACCUUAACUUGUUAUCUGCUGUUAGAUCAUCUAUCAUUCAUCAGGAUCGGCAAGAAGGUGGCGACACUGUCGAACGUGACUGUGCUGCGGUAGUGGGGUUGCAAGAUGGGUUACUCUCUGUUGCCAUUGGUGUUGCAGCACAGCUCUCAAUACAGAAAGGACGUUUUAUUACCCUUAAAGAAGUAUUGGAUGUCUGAGUUUAAAACCAAGGGAUUUGUAUCCCUCAGUAAUUAUGUUCCGCAAUUGAACACCUGUAUUGUAAAAUAGAGAUGAAAAUAAUUUGUUGGUAACAUCAUAUUUUGGUA